GCUAUUUUUAGCUAGCUACAUGCUAACGAACGUGUAUAAUUGUGAGCGAUGAAAAAAGGGCGCGUAAAAUGCCGCUGCCAAAACGAAAAGGACCCCUGCAGCAGGCCCACCGAGAUGUGGACGACAUUAAAGGGAAGUUGGACAGUCUGCUGAAAGAUGUUCAAAGUAAAGCUGAAACCAAAGAAGAGUCCUUUCGGAGCUGUCAAGAGCUCCAAAUAUCAGCAGAGAAAACAUUCAAGAAUCUAACAAAACUGACCAAGGCUGACGAGCUUGCUCCAGUGGGGAACUACGAGCAGAGGAAACUGGAGGAGGAAGGACGACUGCAGAACAUCCUGGAGCAGAUAGACGACCUCUCUCAGAAUCUGUCGCCACCAGGACCCAGCACUGAACCACCAGGAGGUAACGAGUUAAAUGAUAAAGAUAGCGAGAAAAGCCUGGAGGACAGCGAAGAGGUUGACAGCGAUGAAGAUGUUGAAGACAAAAGCGGCCAGGACGAGAGUCCAGCUCCCGAACCGUCCCCUCCGUCAGAGCUUUGCAUCUACACGGCGCUCAGUGAUUUUAAAGGGGACCAGGAAGGAGAUUUGUCUGUUCAGAAGGGGGAAAAACUGAAUAUCAUCCGGAAGACGAGUGAUGGUUGGUGGGUAGCCGAGAACUCGAAAGGCGACAGAGGAGUGGUGCCGAGAACCUACCUGAAGAUUGGUUCUGGUAUCAGCGACGACAACAAGGAGCACGACGACGACGAAGAAGAAGAAGAGGAGGAGGAAGGAGAAGAAGAAGAGGACGGAGAAGAGGAGCCUGAAGAGAAUGAGGGAGUUGAUUCAGAAGAGCUGGACGACGAAGAGAACGAUGUUCCACGGUCCAGCUGGUCCAUGUUCAGAAAAGCCCUGACUGAGAUUGAUGCUACAGAUGUGCUCUCCGCCAUGGGCGCCAUACCUUCUGGGUUCAGAUCAUCCACUCUAAGUAAGCUGCUGGUGGAGGAAGGUGCCAAAUACAGAGGGAGUCGUCAUAUGCUGCCUCAGCUCAGCCAAUCACAGCUCUCAUUCAAAGAUCUAUUCUUGGAGCCCGACACCGGCAAGGUCCGCUCGAGACACAUCAAGACGUGCGUUUGUUUCACUCUGUGGAGCUGCAAGCGGAUCCCCACGCCCGGAGUCGGAGUCCAGGUCCUCAGCAGACACAUGCGCCUCUGCGCCUAUGACGGAACCCAGGUGCUGAGCAACAUCCACACAGUGCGGGCCAGCUACAACCCCAAGCACCCUAAGACCUGGACUUUCUCACCGCGGAAGUCAGGGCUUCUCCGUAGAUUCAUACGAGGCAAACCCCCAAUGUGUUUGUCCCAGACGGCAGGCGUUCUGCCCACCCUGCUUGACGGAGACUGCUUCCUGCGCUGCAACUCAGACAACUGCGACCUCGGCCUCCUCUUCGAACUCGGAGUCACCUUCAUACGCAACUCUACGGGGGAGCGGGGCGACCUGAGCUGUGGAUGGGCUUUCCUCAAACUGAGAGACGCUGCUGGAAAUCCAAUACCUAACAGGACGUAUGAGCUUCUGGUGAACGGUGGUACUCCUUAUGAGAAGGAUGUGAGGGUGGAAGGCUCGCUGGCUAAAGGAUCGCCAUCAAGUGUUUUCCAGCAGAUACUGCAGGCCAGACGCCAGCCCUUACUCAUCGUCAAGUUCAAGUCGCCAAGCAGCCACAUCAAAAGGAAACUCAAUCUCCUCCCGGACACGCUGCUGUACUGUCUGAGCUGCGUUCAACUGUUGGUGAUGCAAAGGCAGCUGCUGGCCGACGCCCUGCUGGUGGACCGGCCCACCAUGCAGAACGCAGAUUUAAUCUGCAGUCCUGUGCUGUCCACUUUCUCCACGCUUGUGGACCAACCUGACCUGCUGGAUGCUGUCAGGAUUGCUUGGAUGGAUACAGAAGGCAAAAUGAGUCGAGCACAGAAGCGAGACACGGCCGCUGUGAAACAGGAGUUCUUCAAAGUCUACAUGGCGUCGGCGUACUUCAUCCUCCACUCACCCUCUCUGCCGACCCACCGCUGGGCUGAUCCCGCCUCGGAGGAGCAGCGAUCCCGCUUCAUAUUAUCCACGCUGGAAGCGAUCAAGCAAGCCAGCGGCCAGUCGGGGACCCAAGGGGCUUUUGCCGACUCCGCGGCGCAGGAGCAGCUGGCUUUUGAUGUGUCAGAGAUGACCUUCGACCUCCUGCAAGCCACACGGUAGAAAACGAGAAUUAUUUUUGUUGUUUUUAUUAAAAUAUCAAGCUGGUAA